GUGCUUGCGCGUGUGGUCGCCAUUUUGCUCAUAGAGACGCCGUUUGGAGGCUCGGUCCUUUCUUCCUUCGGCAGGCAGCCGAGGCUGCGGCUAGGCCGGGCCUGGGGUCGGGGCCAGGAGGAGGAGAAUAAAAGGAAGUUGUCCAUAAUUGGCUUUAAGCAGCACACAGUAAAACUUUGAGCUCUUCCGCUCCACCUUUCUUGCUCUGAGAAUUGGAAAACCAAGAAGGUUUUGAUGUUUUGUGUGGCGACAGCUGAAUUAGAAACCAAGAUGAAUAUAACCAAAGGAGGCCUGGUGUUGUUCUCAGCAAAUUCUAAUUCAUCAUGUAUGGAGCUUUCAAAGAAAAUUGCUGAGCGGCUGGGGGUGGAAAUGGGCAAAGUGCAGGUUUACCAGGAACCUAACCGAGAAACAAGAGUACAAAUUCAAGAGUCGGUGAGGGGAAAAGAUGUUUUCAUCAUUCAAACUGUUUCAAAGGACGUGAACACUACCAUCAUGGAGCUCCUGAUUAUGGUGUAUGCGUGUAAGACCUCUUGUGCCAAAAGCAUUAUUGGUGUGAUUCCCUACUUCCCUUACAGCAAACAAUGCAAGAUGAGAAAAAGAGGCUCCAUUGUUUCUAAGUUGCUGGCUUCAAUGAUGUGCAAAGCUGGUCUAACUCAUCUUAUUACUAUGGAUUUACACCAGAAGGAAAUUCAGGGCUUCUUCAAUAUUCCUGUUGAUAAUUUAAGAGCAUCUCCUUUCUUAUUACAAUAUAUACAAGAAGAGAUCCCAGAUUACAGGAAUGCAGUCAUCGUAGCCAAGUCUCCAGCCUCAGCAAAGAGGGCACAGUCAUUUGCAGAGCGCCUUCGUCUGGGCAUUGCAGUGAUUCACGGAGAAGCUCAAGAUGCUGAGUCGGACUUGGUGGAUGGACGGCAUUCUCCGCCCAUGGUCAGGAGUGUGGCUGCCAUCCACCCCAGCCUAGAGAUCCCCAUGCUGAUUCCUAAAGAAAAACCUCCAAUCACAGUGGUCGGCGAUGUGGGAGGAAGGAUUGCCAUCAUUGUGGAUGACAUCAUCGAUGAUGUUGACAGCUUUCUGGCUGCAGCAGAGACCCUGAAGGAAAGAGGUGCAUACAAGAUCUUUGUGAUGGCGACUCACGGCUUGCUAUCUUCAGAUGCUCCCCGACUGAUUGAGGAGUCUGCCAUCGAUGAGACAGAAAUACUGAAGAUGAACCAAACAGGAGGAAGCACCAGGAAUCUCGUCUUCCCACCUAUACACCCGCAGUGGCAAAAUCUGUCCAAUGCAACACUUGGAACUCUGGAGUCUCAGAUGUGCGCAACCUCCAGGAGAAGUCUUGAAUGGGGAACCACUUCGCAAGGCAUGGAAAUGUAGCUCAGCACCCACAUGAAAAACCAGUGGGGAGUGAGUCGGCACGUAGGACUACGCCCUCGAAGAAGUUCUCCCAUGGGAAACCAGGCCUGCAUUAUACCUAGGCUGCUUUGUGACUUGCUCUUGCUAAAUCUCCCUCACCCUGAGUUCAGGCAGCAAAUGCUUGCUGCAUAUCUUUAAAGUAACUUCCUGAAGUCUGUGCUAAUUCUCCCAAGGGCAGAGUAUAACCAAACCUGUUACUCUUAUCGUUCCCUUGCAUUUGCAACAUUUUUCCCUUGUUAAUCUGUAAGAAGUAAUCAGUAACAUCCCUUCAGUUGCUAUCUGUAAAAAGUAAUU